AUGACUGAAACUGAUGAACCACAAGUGUUUAAAAAACGUUAUAAAAUUAUCAAAAAAUUAGGAGCGGGAAAUUUUGGUACUGCUUAUCUUGUCACUGAUCUUAAAGCGAAAAAUGAAUCGAAAGUACUUAAAGUCGUUCGAUUAGGUGAAAUGGAUUCUGAUCAAACUGUUGAUUCAGUUCAUGAAGCUGAAUUAUUAUCAAAUUUACAUAAUGAACAUAUUGUUAAAUUUUAUGAAAGUUUUCUUGAAAAUGAUUGUUUAUGUAUUGUUACUGAAUUUUGUGAAGGCGGUGAUCUUGAUCAACGUUUUAAAGAAUUAAAAAAACAAAAUCGUGUAUUAGAUGAAGAACAAAUUGUUGAAUGGCUUAUACAAAUAUUAAUUGCUGUACAAUAUAUGCAUAAAUCAAGAAUAUUACAUAGAGAUUUAAAAGCGAGAAAUAUAUUUCUUAGAUCAGAAAAAGUUAAAAUUGGUGAUUUUGGUAUUAGUAGAAUUCUAGUUGGAACAAUGGAUGUUGCAAGUACAUUUACUGGAACACCAUAUUAUAUGUCACCAGAAGUAAUGAAACAUGAUGGAUAUGAAUCAAAAUCGGAUAUUUGGUCAGUUGGUUGUUUAUUAUAUGAAAUGUGUACUUAUGAACAUGCUUUUAAUGGUAAAGGUUUAAUGAAUGUUAUAUAUAAAGUCGUUGAAGGACAACCACCAGAAUUACCCACAACAUAUUCAAAAGAACUUAAUGAUAUUUUGAAGAAAAUGUUUACUAAAGAACCCAAACAACGACCUAGCGCUGUUGAAUUACUGAAUGAUCCAUUUAUUCUACAGCAUCGUCAAAGAAUUCAAAUGAAUGAUCCAUUAGAAAAUACAAUUAGUGGUAAUCGUCGUUUGAAAGAACUUCAUACGCGUUUACAAAAUCCGAUAAGUUUUGGUGAUAUGCAAAAACAAAGUUGGUCAUUAGGUAGUCAAAACCAAGCUAUUGUUGAUAAUGACGAUGAUAAUAAUACGAAUAAUAAUAAUGAUGAUGAUGAUGAUGAUGAUGUUCAACUUGGAAAUAAUACAUUUUUUAAACGUAGUUCAAGAGUAGACGAACACGACGAACAACAAACUUUAAAAGACACAUAUACAUACAAAACAGCUAGACAAACAAUGAUCGAACGAAAACUACAUGAAGCUGAUGCACGCGGACAAGUUUUUACUCAGGCGGCUCGAUUAAAUACAUUAGGAGCUGCUCAAAAUCGACAAAUGAUGCGUGAAAGUACUAUUAUCGGAAGUAUGAAACAACCAUGGCCAUCUUUAAAUGAUGCAGAAAUCAAAGAACAAACACGUCCAAAAUUAUCACAAACUGUUAAUAAUCGUACUCGCAAUACGAAUCAAUUUUCUAAUGAAGAAACUUAUACUGUUCGUACAAAUCCAGAUGAUUUUAAAACUUUUAAAAAACCUAUUCGUAGUCUUAAUGAUGAUCGACCAAUAACACCAAUGCGUGGAACCUAUAGACAAAUUGCUGAUAAAUUUGGUGAUGAAGAUGGUUUACCAACUGAUCCAAAUUUAACAAAUCAAUAUUAUGAAGUUUAUAAUGAUUUUGAAAAAGAAGAUGAUUUUAGUCCAACACGUGAAAAACAUGAAAAAGAAUUUCAUGAUCAAGUCUGUCGUAGUUUUAAUGGUCAAGGUACAACACUAAAAUUGAAUCGAUCAAUGUCUGCAUCACAACGUUCAACUAUAAAUUCUAUGAGUAGAACAAUCAAUCCACAUUAUGCACCAAAUCCUAUUCGACAAUCAAAAUAUGUUACUUCAUCAAGAACAAUUGCUAGUGGAACGAAAAAAAAACCUUUAUCAUCUAAUACAACAAUCGAUGAAAAUAAUAUUACGUUGAAAGAUAAUCCAACUCAUGAUGCAUUUGGUCCACUUGCAAAAAAUAAAAAGAUUAGUUCAAUACGAACUAAAGCAAUUGAAGCAUUAGGUGAAGCAACAUUUGAAAAAGUUCAUAAUUAUUUAAUUAAACAACGUACUAGACAACGAACAGAUACAACAUUAGAUGAUAGCAAAAUUACUGAUGGUCUUACAGCUUUUGUUAAAAAACCCAGUGAUUGUUUUCUUGUUGAUCAACUUGUAUUUCUUGAAUUAGUUGAAACCAAAAACAAAACAUGA